AAAUAAUCCAUGAGAAAUAUUUCAAGGCAUGUGAGAGAUAUAAAAUAUGUUAAUGAAUUUGAUAAUUAUAUAAAAUAAAAACUAUGUAAAGUCAACUGUGAGAGCGGGUAAAAUAUACAAAUAAAACUACAAAAAAAAAACAAGUGACUUUUGAAAUUCAAAUUAACCACUACAUUUAGAAUCGAUACUUGCAACAUUUUACAGCACUACGAAAGUAUUUUAGCCGGUACGUGUAAGAACUGGUCACACUCUUGACAGCUGUAGAGUAACGAAAAAUAAAAAUACAUAUUUUAUGUAUUUAUUGUAAAAAGCAUUUAUUAAAUAAAAAUGCACACCGACUUAGCGUCACAUUUACAUACGCCGGCCUGCAACAAACUCAUAGAAGAAUUAAAAGCCUGUCACGAAACUCACGGAUUCGCCAAAUUCAUAGGAAUUUGCAACGAUAUUGACGACAAGGUAGUCAAGUGCCUUAAAUCAGAGCGUAUAGCUCGUUCCGCAGCCAAUCGCGCCAAAGCUCGAGAGCGUCAAGCUAAGAUAAAGGAGCAGCUACAACAGGAGCAGGCACACUAAGAGAAACAUGGCAGCCAGAAUC